AGUCACUUUGGCCUCAUGCAAAGGAUUGGUCGGAACUUCGAUGCACUCUGCACGCUGUUCUUUGAUCGGCAGCGCUCCUCAUCCAAAGAGGGAGUCUUCAUAGGUGCAUGUUCUUGUCGAUGUUGCACACGCAAUGGCUCUGGCUGUUCUGAUAACUGCGCAGAACAGUCGCGCUUUCUCAGUUUAGAGAGGCUCGUUGCUCAGCUGUGCUUUCCCUCUCCAGCUCUAGAAGUGAUGGCCGUAGCGCCUUCCUACGGACGCACACGGUCACCAGCGGCAAUCACGCACAAUUCGUCGCUCACCAUAAUAUGCUCGUCCUGAAAGUCAUCCUCAUCCCCCUUACCAUCUGUUUCCGUCGUUCAUUGGUCUCCUCCCUUCGACACGGCGUCCUGCGGCGUCUCAGCCGUUCUAUUUCAACUGAAUUGAUUAUUACUUCUCAUUCAAUACCGCUGCGUCGCAUCUCUCACUCAAGUCGCUCUUUCGUUUUCCGAAUCAUGAAGAGACAUAGAAACAAACACCGUGCCGUAGACGAUGUGUACACCAUCGUGGUCCAUGCCGGGGCAGGCUACCAUUCCGUUGCCAACCAAGAUUUACACCUCAUGGCCUGCAGUGAUGCAUGCAAAGCCGGGAUGGCGGUUCUUCGGGCUGGCGGAACUGCCGUCGAUGCAGUGGAGAUAGCCGUCAAGGUUCUCGAGGAUCGUGAGAUUACCAAUGCUGGAUAUGGAAGCAAUCUGGCAAUGGACGGCGUAGUGGAAUGUGAUGCCUUGAUUGUUGAUCACAUGGGCAGGAGCGGUGCCGUCGGAGCAUGCCCACAGAUUAAGAAUCCGAUCUCGCUGGCGAGAAUGGUCCUUGAUAAGAGCCUGGUUCAAUUGACGCUGAGACGCGUUCCGCCAAAUUUGCUAGUCGGACUAGGUGCUGUUGAUUUUGCUUCAGAAGCAGGUAUCCCGAUCCUCCCAUAUGACGCUCUGGUCUCUCCAGGUGCGCGUGAACGUUGGCUGCGAUGGUCGAAAGACCUUGAACGAGCCGAGUUCAAAAAGCGUCAGCAAGAACGCGAAUCACCAUGGCAGUUCCAAUAUCAAAGGCGGCCCGCGGAUCCAAUGCAGCGCGAUUUGCAUGACAACGCUGCACGAAAGGCGCACGCAGAUAGUAUGCUUCGUCACGCCAACAAAAGAGCGAGAACUUCAGAAUCAUCACCUUCUUCUGCUGGCGCAUUGAACGCCACUUCUCGAUGGGCUUUCCACAUGCCACAAUCGACGGCCGCGCAGAAUGAGCACAGUGAGACUUCAGAAGGUGAUGAGGGCUACAUCGAUGUUCAUGAUUCUCCUGGUUCGAUGACCAAGCCUUCUUCGAGUUCGCUGAUCAACAGCUCCCAGGAUUUCCGAAGCCUCCUUACUCUAUCAGAAACAAGUGUUGUGGAGGAAUUUGCACCAUCUAUCGAAGGUUCCUUCGAUGAUCGUGGAGACGAAGACUUGAUUGAUGAUCCAUCACUCCUUACUUUCGAACAGCGAGCAAAACAAGUGGAGGAAGCCAACGACAGCGAAGACACAGUCUCAACGAAUUCUACAUUGCAGCUACCUUCGCUCUCACCGUCGCCAACCAGCGGCUCCAUAACCGAACGAGAUAGGCCCAUCAUCUGCACGGCUGAAACUAUCUCUUUCAAGAAUCGUGUUCAGUCAGAAUCCUACAAAAUCCCCGAAUCAGUGCAACCUCUAGUAUCGACGACUUUUCCUGCUCCUGAGACUCCAUCACUACCUAGGGCCUCAUCUCUCAAUCUUGAUUCGCAGACAUUGCCUCAGCUUAGGCAGGAGGAUAACAUUACCGACACAGUUGGAGCGAUUGCAGUCGACAAAUUUGGAAACAUCGCUUGUGGGGCAUCUUCCGGUGGCAUUGGAAUGAAGCAUCGUGGCCGCGUUGGCCCCGCGGCACUUGUAGGUGUCGGUGCUGCUGUAGUGCCAGUCCACCCAAAUGACAAGUCCAAGACUUGUAUCUCUUGCGUCACAAGUGGGACUGGUGAACACAUGGGCACAACACUUGCUGCUUCAGUCUGCGCAGAUCGUCUCUAUUCAAGCAUGCAAAAGAGUAAAGAAGGCCCGCUUGAGCCUGUCCCUGAAGAGGCUGUACUGCGUGGAUUUAUUGAACGUGAGUUCAUGAUGCACCCAAGUGUUAAGAACAGUAAUUCCACUGGCGCAAUUGGCAUAAUCAGUUUAAAAAAGUCGCGAGAUGGCCUCUACUUGUACUUUGCACACAAUACAGACUCAUUUGCAUUAGCAUCCAUGUGCUCGGAAGACGAGGAGCCUGUUACGGCCAUGUCGCGCACAAAGGGAAAUGCAAGCAUCGCGGAAGGUGCCCGCUCAAUGCGAAUUCGACACAAGAAUACUUAACACAUGUACACCUGGAACUUGGCAAAUUUUUUGCCUUGGUUUAGUUCGUACAAAAUGGGGAGAUGCAUUGGAACGAAUGAACAGGUGCCUGCAGAAAGAUGCGUAUUGAAGGACAGAUUUCAUUGCACGCUCGUCAUAUGUGGAUCUCUUUGUCCAAUAUUUCUGUACUAUCGCCCUUUACCUGUAGAUCAAACCUGUGUACUAUAUCAUCAUGACGAUGAAACCCUUCCGGCUUCUACUUGUCUUUCGAUCAAGAGACGUUCAACCAACCCAU